GACGUACGACUCUGACGCGUUCGUGAACCGGAUAUGGUCUGAUGGGGGCGGGGCCUAACCCGGAUGCUGAAACUGCAGCGCUCUGCCGCUGCUAGCUCCGUUAAACUGUCUGUUUUUGGCUUUAGGACAGAAUGUCUGCGCAGAAUUUAGACAACAGCGAAGAUGUGAGCGAAUGUUCAGCGUUGAAGGAGGAAAUGAACAGAAAGGUAAAGGAGCAGAAGAUUAUUGUGGACGAGCUCUCUAAUCUGAAGAAAAACAAGAAAGUUUACCUCCAGCAGAGGAACAGCAACAUCUUCUUCCUGGCAGACAGAAACCAGACUCUGAGUUCCUGUAGAAAGGAUCUGGAUUACAUGAAGAAGGAGCUGCAGGAUCUGUGACGUCACCGCCACCAUGUGUGGCAUCUUUUGCCUGUUGAGUCUGUCUGCAGCUCAGUCCAAGCAGGACAAAACAAUCUGGGAACAUCUGCGGAGAAGAGGAC